AUGCCACCAAUACUACAACAAUUCUACACUUCAAUAUCAAUUAUUAUGAGUGAAGACGAUGCAAAAAGUGGAGAAGGCAAGAUAAGAUUGGAAAGAUUGGCAUUCAAUGCUAGAUAUUUGAGUACAAAUUUGAGAAGAAUGGGUUUCAUCAUUUAUACAAUUGCAUCUGUGGGUGACUAA